AUGGGCAGCCCCCGCUCGGCGCUGAGCUGCCUGCUGUUGCACUUGCUGGUUCUCUGCCUCCAAGCCCAGGAAGGCCCGGGCGGGGGGCCUGCGCUGGGCAGGGAGCUCGCUUCCCUGUUCCGAGCUGGCCGGGAGUCCCAGGGUGUUUCCCAACAGGUAACUGUUCAGUCCUCACCUAAUUUUACACAGCAUGUGAGGGAGCAGAGCCUGGUGACGGAUCAGCUCAGCCGCCGUCUCAUCCGGACCUACCAACUCUACAGCCGCACCAGCGGGAAGCACGUGCAGGUCCUGGCCAACAAGCGCAUCAACGCCAUGGCAGAAGACGGGGACCCCUUUGCAAAGCUCAUUGUGGAGACGGACACCUUUGGGAGCCGGGUUCGAGUCCGAGGAGCUGAGACAGGCCUCUACAUCUGCAUGAACAAGAAGGGGAAGCUGAUUGCCAAGAGCAACGGCAAAGGCAAGGAUUGUGUGUUCACGGAGAUCGUGCUGGAGAACAACUACACGGCCCUGCAGAAUGCCAAGUACGAGGGCUGGUACAUGGCCUUCACGCGCAAGGGUCGGCCCCGCAAGGGCUCCAAGACUCGGCAGCACCAGCGCGAGGUCCACUUCAUGAAGCGACUGCCCCGCGGCCAUCACACCACAGAGCAGAGCCUGCGCUUCGAGUUCCUCAACUACCCGCCCUUCACGCGCAGUCUGCGCGGCAGCCAGAGGACUUGGGCCCCGGAGCCCCGAUAG